GUUGCUGUGUUUGUCGCUAUCAUAGAGCGCAAAUUAAAUGUCUUACUCCCAAACAGGACGUCAGGUACGCUAUCCGCCAUAUUUUCUGGCUCCACGUGAAAGUCGGGGGCGUUCAUUCCUCACCUAGCGACAGAAUGGGCUAAAGAAAGAAUGCGCUGAAGCAUCAGAUGAGUAUACCCCGAACCUUUCCCAGACCUAAUUCAUACAGUGGGGUUUGUAUAAUGUAGUUGGAAAUCUUCGUCAAGAAGGAUUUAUAUAAAAGCCUGUCAUCUUUUUUGAUAGUUGGACAUUUUUGUUAAAAAAGAAAAGACUGUCAUCAAUUUGGAUAGUUGGACAUCGUCGUCAAGAAAGAAAAGACUGUCACCAAUUUGGAUAGUUGGACAUCUUCGUCAAGAAAGAUUAAUAUAAAAGCCGGUCACAUAUUUCGAUAGUUGGAUAUCGUCGUCUAGACGGAUUUAUGUAAAAGGCUGUCAUCUGCUGGAUAAAGGACACUUGGGAAGAUUAUCAGUUCACUGUAUAGUUUAAGUUUAUCAAACGUGAUGACUUUCAUUUGUUAGUCAUUGCAAAUCAUAGCACAUCAUGUCUAUAAAAAGAAUAUCCCUUUACAAAGUGGAACAACAAACAACUGAGGCAUUUGCGGCAUCCAUCGUACUGGUACUUAUGUAGAUCUUCUGUCCAGCCAUGACAAUUAAUAUGAAGAUAUUGUUACAAAACGGCUUGAUUGCAAUCAUCGUAUCCGCACUCCUCUUUGGGAUGCUUCUUUUAACAGAAACCUAUAAAACCGUAACUUUUUCAAAGUUUAUUUUACCACAGCCAAUCUACGGAAAUCAUGACAAGAACGGAUUUAAAAAAAGUCCAACGUUUUCAGGGAACAAAACAAAGAUUUCAGAGGCACCAAAGGACGCUAAACUUAUUUUAUAUUGGAUUCCCAGUUCUUCUGGUUUUGACUACUUCGGGUUGAAAAGAUAUCACACCUCAUUCGAAGGUUUGAAGUGUCCCGUGGGGAACUGCAAGGUGACGGAGGAUAUGAGUGCUGCCUACGAUGCCGAUGCCAUCAUUUUCAUGGGUAGAGCAUUAGGUAAAAAACCAGAAAAACGGAACCCCAAAACGCGCUGGAUAUGGACCAAUCACGAGAGUCCAUGUCACACGUACUUAUCCAAUGAUUGGACGUUUAACUGGACGAUGACUUACAGGAAGGACAGUGACAUCUACAGUCCAUACGGAUUACCCCUCCUUGACGAAAACCACGAUGAAGCAAAGAAAAGGGACUUUCUGUCAGUUGCCAGGAGCAAAACUAAAUUAGCGGCCUGGGCAGUCAGCAAUUGUAAUGCUCCAAGUCAACGUAUGGAAUAUGUGAAGGAAUUACAGAAAUAUAUGAGCGUGGACAUUUAUGGGAGUUGCGGGCCAUUUAAAUGUGGACGCGACAGGGAAGCUAAAUGUGAUGAUAUGUUUAACAAAACGUAUGAGACGGAAGCUAAUACAUGUUACUACAGUGCCAGCAAUGGCGAGGUCCUAAACUUCAGUUCAGAUGUAAACCAUUCAGCCCUCUGUUUCACCACCUUGACUCUGGUCUGCAUUGGUGCAAUGUCCUCCAUGAUCUUGGAUAUAGACGUAUUACACAGAUCAACUAAGGUCCUUAAACCUCCUAACAUCGCUGCAUAUCUCGUUAUCCAUGUGGAUAUUAAAAUCUCCAGCUAUUACCAGGCGACCUGGAGAGAACAGAUCAGCACCUUCUGA